AUGGUAGUUGUUAAAGGCAUCGUGAGCGACGGCCAGCGUCUUGAGGGUCAUUCCAAGACCCGGGCCGCCGCCCACAACCAGCCGUCGACAGCGGCUGGAGGCCGCCCAAGCAGCCCGGAGCCGGGCUCUUGUGGCCUGCCCCCGCGGUGCAGACUGCGGGCCGGCCCAGCCGGGCGUAAUUACGUUCCGGGCCGGGCGGCGCGGGGCGGGGCAAGACCGAUGCAUGUUAAUUGGGCCCCUCCUCCGUUCUGCUCGCCUCGCCUCAUCUCACAUGCCGGCCGCUCGCCGCCCGCCGCCCGCCGCCCGCCGCCCGCCGCCCGCCGCCUGCAGCACGCGCCAGCUGCCGCCCCAGCCACUGUGCCGCGCCGCCCAUUUGAAUAUCGGUCACAGUGCGGCCCCACUGCAGCCUCCAGACAAUGCGCCCCCAACACUCAGCGCGCCACCGUAGCUUCAUUUACGUCACUUCAAGUUUCCUGGCCACUGCCUGGCGCAAUUGUCGUGCCUCGACAAGGCAUACUACAGCUACGGCUUCAUCCGAACUCCGCAAAGCGCUGGACGCAGAUUGACGGCGAGUAUACCGUGCAGACAUAA